AUCCCACUGAUUCCUUCAGCAUUCCCCUGGGCUCCUUUUGAAGCCUGGCAGAGGAGCAAAGGUCCCAGGCAGGAAGGUUCAGAGCAGAACUGGAUCUUCACUGCUCUGAGCUGGAGAAGGAGCCUCUGAGAUUGAAGAGAGAUGCUCAGAAGCUCAGCCCCUGACCUAAGUUAUGAGUAGGAAGUAUUAAGCCUGGAUUUUAACCUAGGAGCUGACUACACCCACAGGAGGAAUUAAAGCCCAGAAGAACUCCAACUUCUUGGUUAAGCACAAGUCCCACCUUGCUCAUUGCCAUGAGGAAGAUGCUCCUGUAUCCCACCAUCCAUCGAUGGGGACUGCCUGGUGGUGCCACUGCUCCUUCUUGUCCUUUGUCUGACCAGUGUAGCAGUGGAUUUAAUCCUUGUGUCCUGAGGACUGAGCUGCUCUUGCUGUAACCCACCUUUCCUCUUUCAGGCAGGCUUUGCAAGCUCUUGACAUGAAAAGUGGUAAAAAAAAAAUAAAUCUUGAAACGUAUUUUUGAAAUCUUCAGACCUUUGCCCAUGUUUGCCAUGAUGAUCCAGACUGAACACUGAACCCACUGGAGAGGGACAUUUUCAGGGAACACUUUAAAUGGAAUCAAGUGUUGGUUUCACAGUGGCAGCUGACCGUGGGCUCGUGCCAUUUUCCCAUUUCAAAAGAAGAAAAGGCCAAACAAGGCCCAAUUAGUCAUGAUAAAAUCAGCUUUGGUGACAUUUUUCCUCCUGAACUCUGGUAUAAAAUGGUCAUCUAAGAAAGAACUGAAAGGAUGUGUGGAAUUUGGUAGUUUAACUGCAUGUACAUACACAGACACUCGGGAGUAAAAAAUGAUCAGUCUAUGCAGGUUAAGCUUUGGAUUAAUCCUCUGGAUCUCAGUGAUAUUCGUGUGCUCGGGUUAUCCAGUUGCCCCUUCCAUGAGCAGCAAUCCUUUUUACUUGAAUUGCCAGCUGUAUGGAAAAUCUGAUUCCUGCCUCCUCCUGCUGAACAACUGCUUGGCCAGGGUGGGCAGGAAUGAAGACCUGGCUUUUUUAAAGCCUUUCCUGGAGGUGCCUCCCAACAAAAGGUCCUUCCGCAACGGCGUUGGAUCGGGAAUUAAAAAAACUUCCUUUCGAAGGGCAAAGUCAUAACCAAAUGCUCAAAACCACGCUCCACGUUUUAGCAGCUCUUGCUUAACUCUGCUUAAAACCCUUUAAAUGUUUUUUUUUUGUUUGCUUUUUUUUUUUUUUUUAAUGGAAAACCCAAGAGA